UAGUCAUUAACACCCAAGAUGUCUAGACAAAUUGCUCUUGUGAACCGAAACCUUCGGGCUUUCAAAGAAUUAGCCAGCAGGAAAGUUUCUACACUCAAAAACUUGAGAACAUUUUCAUCUUGUUGUGAGGCAUCCUUGCGCUCCAUCUCCUGCCAAGAUUGGGCCAGAGCUCCCCUCUCACCCACCUCCAGCUCCAGCAUCUUGCAAAGGAGUCGGAGAGCUGCAUGUACAUCAGCAAUCAUUGCCAAGCAUCGUCCAUCUCCGAGCAUCUUCAGAACAUGUGCGACUCCAUGUAACUACAGCAUCACAAAACCGUUAUGGAAGAACACUAAAGAUGCGUUGAACGUGACCCUGUCGCCAUGGCAACAGUCGUCGAGGUCCUUCUUGUCGGCAGUCUCUAUGACAGGCUUCAACGAUUAUGAGUUGGGCCGCAAGGAGUUCAAAAUUGAUGUUCCAGAGUAUUUUAAUUUUGCCAGUGAUGUGAUGGAUGAAUGGGCCAGGAAGGAAGAGACGGGAGAGAGGUCCACCAGCAACCCAGCUUUUUGGUGGAUAGAUACCAAAGGAAAUGAAAUCAAGUGGUCCUUUAGGGAUCUUGCAGAAAAGUCAAAAAAGGUUGCCAAUAUGCUGCAGAAGAGCUGUCAUAUCAAGCAGCAUGAUAAAGUGAUGGUCAUCCUACCACGCUUACCAGAAUGGUGGCUCCUCAAUCUGGCUUGUCUGAGAAUAGGGGCAGUGCUUGUGCCUGGUUCUACUCAGCUCAGAGAGAUGGAUAUCAGAGACAGACUGGAGAGCUCCAAAGCUGUCUGCAUUAUUACAGAUGAAGAAAUCUCACAUCUGGUUGAUAAGGUUGUCAAGGAUACUGAUGGUUUUCAACAUAAAAUUCUCAUCAGAGACAAGGAUGAAAAGAUCAGAAGCGAUAGACCUGGUUGGUUAGAUUUCCAAGAGCUUUACGAUGCAGCUUCAGAUGAGCACGAGUGUGUGAGGACACGAGGUAGUGACCCCAUGACAGUUUUCUUUACCAGUGGGACUACAGCCAAGCCUAAGAUGGCUGAACACACACAUGUUAGCUAUGGUCUCGGUCACAUCAUCACAGGAAAGUAUUGGCUGGAUCUGACGCCGCAUGAUAUCUUUUGGAACAUGUCGGACACGGGAUGGGCCAAGUCUGCCUACAGUAACGUCUAUGCUCCCUGGGGCCAGGGAUCCUGUGUUUUUAUCCAUCAUUCACCUAGGUUUGAUCCACAACAAACUCUGCAGGUAUUCAACGACUACCCGAUCUCAAUAUUCUGUGGCUUUCCGACGGCCUUCACCAUGAUGAUCCAGCAGGAUACGUCACAGUAUAGUCUAAGAUCCUUGAGGGAUUGCGUCAGUGCAGGAGAUUUCUUGGAUCUGCCUACAAUCUCCACGAAAUCGCUUGUUGACGACGAGGUAGACGAAAAAGUUGACGAUGUGAUUUAA